AUGACAUACCCAAAUGACGACGAGUUCCUCUAUGCGUUGAGUUCGAACCAAGCAUGGGCGAGCUAUAAGUCUCAUCAGAACCCAGCAUUCUUUAAGACAUUGACCAAUGAGCAUGCGCCUUCCAUCCUCUGGAUUGGGUGCGCCGACUCCCGUGUGCCCGAGACAACGAUCCUCGGCCUCCCACCUGGUGCCGUCUUCGUCCACCGAAAUUUCGCAAACAUCAUCUCACCCACAGACAUCAACACAGCGGCAGUGAUCGAGCAUGCCGUAGUCAACUUGAAAGUCAAGCACAUCAUCCUCUGCGGUCACUCAGCAUGCGAUGGUGCUCGCGCGACCCUCACUGAUAGUCGAGCGGGAGGCGUACUCGAAACGUGGCUCACAUCUCUCAGGGUCGUCCGGGCACAACUUGCGUCCCAGUUGGCGACUAUCAGAGACGACCACACCAAGGAGAUUAUGAUUGCAGAGAAGAACGUCGAGGUUGGCGUGGCCGUUCUGAUGGCAAAUAGCACCGUCCAGGAACAUAUCAAGAGCAGAGGAUUGGAAGUUCACGGCUGCUUUUUUGAUAUAUCAAGCGGUCGAAUUCGCGACCUCGGCCUUGGGACAAGAAUGUCCACCCGGAGAGCACCCAGUACGAACGGCACAGCCGAGACUGUCCGUGGAAAGCAUGCUCAGUUGGUGUUCAGGGAAGGUGGUGUUGCUGGCAUGGAAGCUCGAUAA